AAAUAUCGGAACGUGGAUAUAGAAUUGGAAUUUCAAUUGAAUUUAAAUUAAAUUUUGGGUAUUUGAUAUCGUAACUAUUGAUUGUUUAAAUACUUAAACUUGAUCUACUCUACAACGAUCGCUGUGGAUACAGGUUAUCGUAUUAAUAUCGAGAAUGAUCUCCGUAAGAUUCGAAUGGAUUCAUAAGUACCUAUAUCAAGGAACAAUCGAAAUAGCAUCAGUGAGAAGCAACGGUGAGUGUUGGCAACAACGUUGACAUUAUGUACUAUUUUGCGAAGCAUGAAAAUAUUUGAUCAGCGACUAGUUACCGUUCAACCGUUUAACAGUAAUGUUUUAACGUGAAUUCAUAUUACGAUUAAAUAAUAUUCUACGAUCGACAGUGUUACAUUUUUACCACCGAUCUUGGAGGUGAAUUACCAAGAUGAUGUGGCAACAAUUAAAUAUACUUUUAAUACGAUUGUAUGAUCCGAUCGAUCGAGCAGAAAAUCUUUUUCUUAAAAUGAAGAAUAUUUGUAUGAUGAUAAAUCAAAUUAUAUUUUUUAUGCUGGCUGAUCGCAUCUUUAUACUAGAACCAAAAAUGACAUGUUUUUAUACAUUAAUGUUUUAUAACGUUAUUACUUACUGUAUUAGCUAUAUUAAGGAAUUAAUCGAAAAGGAAGAUUGGUCACCUUAUGUGACUCUCACGGAAAGAUCCAAGAUUAAACAUUUAGCUAUGUCUGCUACCAAAAUAGUUUUUGAAUGGACAAAAGCCGUCACCUUUAUUGUAACGCUAACAUUUAUGCUUCUUGUUUUUGGUUUGGAACAAGGUCUAGAACAUUACAAACCAUCAACGACUUACACGAUGAUAACAUGGAUUUAUUAUUUAGCAACGGAGAAAAUCUUCGCUGAGAUGUUUCCAUCGAUUUUGAAGUUUCUUCAUUUGGAGAUGUUUGAAAAUCUUGAAGAGCUUUAUGCUCCGGUAAUAUUAAAAUCAUUUACUAUUAGUGCAUCGGCUUUUCUUAUUUUAAUCUUACUUGUACGAAUAGCAUUCUGGAAAUUUUUAUUUAUAGCUAUCUAUUUGAAUAUUUAUUUAAGAUUAAAAGAUCUUUUACGAAUUUCGAGACCUGCGUUAAAACUUGAAUGCGAAAUAUUGAAUCGUUAUAGAAAAGCAACACCUGAAGAAAUUAAACGAUUUGAUGAUGUUUGCGCUGUUUGUCUUUGCGAUAUGUUCAAGGCGAGAAUAACACCUUGUUGUCAUCUUUUUCAUGCAGAUUGUUUACGUCAGUGUCUCAAGACUGGUAAUAUUUGUCCCGUAUGUAAAAGAGAAUUAAAAUUUUCAUAAAAAUUUA